ACCGCCACCGCCACCACCUGGGAAGAAAACGUCCAUGUCCUCCAGGAGAUGCUUAUGCAGCAGCAGCACAUCCAAGUCCAGCAGCAAAACUUCUUCGGCAACUCCACUCCACCAAAGUUCCGGAGAGAGUCGGAGCUCCUGAGCCUCCUCCAGCUCCCGCGCUGUGCCUCAUCGUCGCUGCCGGGAGGAACCAUCUCCGGGCCAUUCAACUCCGUCAGCUCCAAGAAGCUGAGCCAUCAAGGAGCCUUGUCGUCCUUCACCACCGCAGCAGAGAUUGGCGACUCUUCUCAUGUCCACGGCCAGCAAUUGCUUCCACAGCCUUCCUUCAGGCAUUUGCUUCACACCUUGCCUCAUGCUUCCGACCACCACCUGAGCUCAAAGUCCGGUAUAAUGCGUCCUCCCGGCUUGCUCGACUUGGAAGACCGGGAUACCAGCGGCGGCCACGAAGAGGGCCGCCUCUUCCCGAGCCUGUUCGAGAAGAGGGACUUCACUUUCGGCAAAGGAGCCGAGAACCGAGGCAUCAAUCACUUCGCGACGGAGCGGCAGCGGCGUGAGUAUCUCAACGAGAAGUAUCAGACAUUGAGAUCCUUGGUCCCCAACCCCUCAAAGGCUGAUAGAGCUUCCAUCGUCGCGGACGCCAUCGAGUAUGUCAAGGAGCUCAAGAGAACCGUCCAGGAGUUGCAGCUGCUAGUCGAGGAGAAGCGGCGUGGAUCCAACAAGAGGCGCUGCAAGGCGUCGCCGGACAAUCCUUCCGAGGGUGGUGGUGUCACGGACAUGGAGAGCAGCUCCGCCAUCCAGCCGGGAGGGACGCGAGUGUCCAAGGAGACAACUUUCCUGGGCGAUGGCUCGCAGCUCCGGAGCUCCUGGCUGCAAAGAACGUCACAGAUGGGAACGCAAAUCGACGUCAGGAUCGUGGACGACGAAGUAAACAUCAAGCUCACCCAGCGGAGGCGGCGGAACUACGUGCUCCUGGCGGUGCUGAGGAGCUUGAACGAGCUCCACCUCGAUUUGCUCCAUGCCAAUGGAGCCAGCAUUGGCGAGCACCACAUUUUCAUGUUCAACACCAAGAUAAUGGAAGGAACAUCUACCUUUGCGGGUCAAGUGGCAACGAAGCUGAUAGAUGCGGUGGACCGGCACAUAACCCUGGCCUCAUCGGGCCUCUAGCUCCCCAAAAUUUUCCAGGUUUGAUCGAAUCGACCAGAGGUGGAUCGUAGAGAUAGGCAAGGGAUUCCAAGGAAACCCCUGGGUUGGAAUAGACACACAGGAUCUCAUAGCUCCAUUCAUUCAAUCAAUCUGUACCGAGAACCUCUAAGUGAGAAAAGAAGAGAAGAAAAACUUCCAUACCUGAGCAAGCGAGCAUG